AUGACCUCCGCGACUCCGCCUUCAGGCAACCUCGCCUCGUACCUGCGAUCUCUUCCUUCGAUCCGUGAACGCUGUUCGCGCGUCUUCGCGCUCGCUCAGGAGGACAAGCUUGACUAUUGGUCGCUCGACCUCUCUCGCGAACCGGAAAUUAUCGACUUCGUCUGCGGCCUCAUCACGCGCGACUUCGGCACCAACUACGACUCGAUCCCUCCCCACGGCCGAUGGCGUCACUUUGUCGGCAACCGCGUCGACCCGCUUCUCGCUGCGUGGGACAAGGAGAACGUCGCGCCGCUGGAAAAGGCUCGGCGACUCGUUGACCUCAUGGUCGUCAGCGUUCUCAUGGACGCAGGCGCGGGCAACGACUGGAAGUACAGGCCAAAGGAUGGUGGAGAACCGAUCGCUCGGAGCGAAGGUCUCGCCGUCGGAAGUCUCGAGAUGUUCGAGCAGGGCAUGUUCAGCAGCGAGGCGGGACAGCCGCAUCAGGUUGACGCUGUCGGCCUGUCGAAGAUCAAGGCCGACGACAUUGCGUCCGCCAUGCAAGUCUCGGAGUCGAAUCCUAUGACCGGCAUCGACGGUCGAGCGCAGCUGCUCAUCCGACUCGGAACCGUCUUGACCGACUCUGCCAGCUCCAGCUACUUUACUCAGUCCGGCGUCUCCCGACCCGGUCAUCUCGUCGACUACCUCCUCUCGCACUCGUCGUCUCAGAUGCUUCCGUCGCCUGUGCUCGGCAGCAAGAUUGCGGUGAAGAUGGACACUAUGUGGGAGGUCGUUGUGUCAGGCUUGAGCGGUGUCUGGCCGGCUACGCGAACGAAGAUUGAUGGCGUCAGUCUGGGCGACGUCUGGCCAGUCGACUGUCUCAAGAAGCUCGGUGGAAAGGAGGGUGACGAGCUUGUCAGCUUCCACAAGCUGAGCCAAUGGCUGACGUACUCGCUCAUCGAAGUCAUGGAGACGUUGCUCGGCUGGUCCUUCAUUGGCAAGGAGGCGAUGACUGGUCUCCCCGAAUACCGGAACGGCGGCCUCUUGAUCGACUUCAACCUCCUCCGCCCGAACAUCCCCGCUAUGCUCAAGUCCUUCGACCUUCCCGUCCCAUCAUCGUCCUCAGACUACCCCUCUCUCCUCGACCUGCCUCCCUUCCCGCCUUCUCACUCCGCGAUGGUCGAGAUGCGCGCAGUCACGAUCUGCAUGCUUGACCGGCUGCACGACGGCAUCAACAAGAAGCUCGGCGUCAACCUCUCGCUCCCGCAAGUCCUCGAGUCCAGCACGUGGAAGGGCGGUCGCGAGAUUGCGAAGAAGCUGAGGCCGGAGACGGGCGGUCCUCCGUUCAAGUAUGUGGCCGACGGAACGGUGUUCUAG